AUGGCAGCACAGGAUGUGCUAUUGAAGGCUCAACGGGCGGAGGCUGAGGCAGCCGCCGCUUCGCGCGCUGCGGCUGAGGCUUCCGCCGGUCCCGGCGACGCUCAGUCUGCUGCUAAUGAUAUACCAGCGGACACCUCUACCAGGGCCUGA